CCUUGUCAACCAUUUCUUUAAAGUGCUAACGUACUCGAGGGCAUGUGCUUUAAGUAUUCUAAAUGAGAUUCCCAAACUAAAAUAUCAUACUAAAUAAUUUGAUUAUUAAAAUCGUGUAAGAGAAUCAUAUCAUAUCUUUGUUUAUUUAUUCAUUCAUUGACCAUUUCUGAUUCGUCUAGCAAUCAUUUAACUAACUUCAUCUCCCCUUGAGUUCUUAAAGCUAUUGAGUAGGAAAACGAAAUUAACAAGAGAUUUAAGAUGACAACUUCUGCUGCUGUGUUCGAGGAGAUAUAUGAUCGGUCGAAGGAAGUAAAGGAUUUUGAUGAUUCAAAACUUGGAGUCAAAGGUCUACUCGACUCAGGUAUCACUUCUAUACCUCGAUUUUUCUUUCAUCCACCUGAAUCUCUCCCUUCUAUCACCAUCCCGAGCCAACUCAUCUCUAAUAUUGAAAUUCCAACCGUUGACCUUUCUCAUAUCGAUACCGAUCACCGGACGUUCAUCGUGGAUCAAAUCAACGAAGCUUCGUGUACAUGGGGUUUCUUUCAAGUAAUCAACCACAAGGUUCCUUUGGACGUCCUCAACCGUGCUCUGUUGUCCAUCAAAGCUUUUAACGAGCAGUCAAAUGAAGUUAAGUCACAGUACUAUUGCAGAGAAAAUGAUCGAGGUAUGACUUUUGCAUCAAAUUUUGAUCUGUUUCAAUCAAAGGCAGCUAGCUGGAGAGACACGUUACAGAUGGGAAUGGAUCGCACCGAUUUCGACAAGGUACCGGAGAUUGUAAGGAGCGAGUUGUUUGAGUUGGACCAACACGUCAAACGACUUGGAGAAACUUUAAUGGAAAUAUUAUGCGAAGGGUUAGGAGUGGAUGAAGACAGGUUGAAAAAUAUGGCAUGUUCGGAAAGAAGGCAUUUGGCAGGCCAUUAUUAUCCAUAUUGUCCAGAGGCAAACCGAACCGUAGGAACCAAGUGCCAUACGGAUCCAUCUGUGUUUACUGUUUUGCUGCAGGAUCAUAUUGGAGGGUUACAAGUGAAGCAUGGUGAACAUUGGGUUGAUGUUAAACCCUUGGAUGGGGCUCUUGUUAUCAACAUAGGAGAUAUCCUUCAGAUAAUGUCUAAUGACAAGUAUCGGAGCGUGGAACACCGAGUCGUGGCAAAUUCUGUUCAUGAGCCGAGAAUUUCCGUAGCUAUUUUCUUCAACCCAGGCAACUUGGAAAUCAUGUAUGGACCUCUACCAGAGCUAAUAACUCCACCACAAAAGUCGGCAAUUUACAAGCAGUUUACACUGGAGGACUUUAUAAUGAAAUUUAGAGCAAAAGGGUUGGAUGGCAAGUCAUCUUUAGUUAAUUACUUCUUGUUGUAAGUUGUGAUCAAAGAUGAAAAGUAAUACAAAUGAAAUAAAAACAGCAAGAUAGAAUUAUCACAUCUGGUUAAUUUAGUUAAUUAAGUAUGUAUGAUUGAAAUCAACAACUAAUAAGUUAAUCAAAUAAGAAAUCGUUGAUGACA